AAAUAAUCUGGCCGUGCACGAAUAUUACGUUCUUUAUGCACUUCUUGCAAGAGUUGUCUGUCUUGAAUACAGUCAUUAACAAACAAAAAAAAUGUUUAUUUAUGUACUAACAAAAUACGGAAAGAAAAUACACAAAAGAAAGGUCGUGACGAUAGCACAUGUUUACACAGGGAAAUUAAAUGCACGAACUUUUUCUAAUUAUUAUUUUUUAUCUUUCUCAUUAUAAAACUUUAUGCCACUGGAUCUUACAGAAUACUUAAAACAUGGCUACAUUACACGAUAGAAUUGUGAAGAGUUUACACCAAUUCUUCCUUAUUUUAUUGUUGGUUUCAUCCGGAUCAUGUACCAUUGAUGAAGACGGGUCACACUCAUCUCGUGUCGGACAGACAAUCUCCGACAGCAAUGCAACGCCACUCAGCUCAGAAACUUUCAUCGACUAUUUUCAUGGAAAGUCUAACCCAAAAGAAUCAUCUGAUAAAGCUUCCGUAUCUCGUAACACUAACCCCAUGUUAAAGUCAUGCGAUGACUAUACUAGUAUGCCGCUUCAUAUACCACAUGUGGACAUUAACUGUAAAACAUUAGUGAACUGUUCAUGUGGUAAUGAUAGAGUUUAUGGACAAGUUGUCGACUGUUCUAAAAGGAAUAUUACUGAAAUUCCUCAAUUUCCAAAAGAAACAUCUGUUCUACUUCUAAGCAGAAACCAGAUUAAAAGUAUAAAAGAUGGAGCGUUUAAGAAUCUGAAAUAUUUGAAAUAUUUAGACAUGUCGCAAAAUGAACUCCAAAACUUGACGAACGGCUCGUUUCAUGGACUUGAAGGGUUAUGUGUUUUGAAACUUACUGGAAACCAAAUAAAAUACACAAACGUUACCAUUCCAGAAAGUACCUUUCGAGACUUAAAUAAUUUGAUUUAUCUAGAAUUUCAACAAAAUUUAGAUGAACAAUUUCCCGAAGAAAUGUACCCGUCGAUUGCUCUCAGUGCAUUGACUGAGCUCCAGUUCUUACAUAUUGAUGGACUUAAUAAUAGGCCUUUCCAAGUUGAAUUUCAGAACUUGAGCAAGCUUUCCAAUUUAAGCUUGAUUGGGGAACCUUAUAGAAGAUGCAAGAUGAAAACAAUAGAAAAAGAUAUGUUUGUAAACUUUCCAUUUUUGAAAUCAUUGACAGUGGUCAACUGCUAUACAACAAGGGUUGAAAAUGGUAGCUUUGCUGAACUCCACUGGCUUAAUAGUCUUGAUCUAUCAUAUAACACUGAACUUACAUUCGCUAGUCUUCCAAAUAUAACAUUUGCAUUAAGAGGCAGAACCAUGUACUUAUUAAAUCUUACUAAAAUCCAUAAAACAUUUGGAGAUUGUACAAAUUUAAAGGCAAACGAUCUGCAAUAUAUGACAAAAAUGACGAUCAAAAAUUUUAUAAUUGAUUCUAACAGACUCUCCGUAAUGAAAAGGGAUGCGGUAGAUAAUAUUCCAAAACUAACAGGGACGCUAUCCGUUAAGGACAACUUAUUACUGAUUGACGUCUAUAUUAUUUCACUGUUGACCCAUCAUAAUCUUACAAACUUGUCGUCAUUAAUUUUGGCUGACCAAACUCAUAACCAUAAUCUCUCCGAACUAUGGCCACUAUAUAACCAAGACUUUAAUAAAAAAAGUAAUCAAAACACGGAGAGACUUGUUGAAACGACUGUUCUGAAACCAAGUGGAAAAAGGCGAAUUAUGAAAAGAUGGUCAGAACAAAAUUGCUCCACAUGUAUAAAUAAUUUUUCGAUACCUUACCCAGUCCCACAAAACUUACAACACCUUGAUAUGAGCAACAUGAAAGCAAGGUAUCCGUUACAAAGGAUUUGUGUCUGUGAACCAAAUAGUUUAAGAUCACUUGACGUACAUAGAAAUAUAUUCUAUAGCAUCGAAGGGAGUAUCUUGGGACUUACAAAAUUAGAAUGGGUGGACUUCUCUUGGAAUUUCUGUGAGUACAUCAGUCCUAAUGUUCUUCAUGAACUACCAGGCCUGAAGUUUUUGAAUCUUUCAUACAACUAUCUUGGAUCUUCAUUCAAACUUGAUAGACAUGGGGAUAUUUUUAGCCAGCAAAGCCGCUUGAGGACUUUAGAUCUCACGGAAAAUAGAAUACGCGCUUUUAAUUCUGGUUUCUUUUCGGGGUUGAUUAAUUUGGAAAAACUUAUUCUAAGAGAUAAUUUUUUGGCGCAAUUUGAAGUCAACCUGCAGACAAUGAAAAAGCUUAAUCACAUAAAUUUAAGACACAACUUAUUAUUCCAAUUCAGUGAUUAUAUAUUACAUGAAUUUGAACACCUUGCUGUAAACAAUUUAACCAUUGAUCUUUAUAAGAAUAACCUUUCAUGUAGCUGUAAGCAUCUUAAUCUUCUAAAGUGGAUGUCUAAUUCGAAGAUCAACUUUCAAAACUUGAAGGAUUACUCUUGCAUAGAUGAAAAUGGAGAGUCAAGAAAUAUGUCGUCUCCGCAUGAGCUUUAUGCUGAGCUUUUUGAAUAUUGUAAAAGUUACACAUUGCUUAUAUUCAUUAGUUCUGCUAUAUUUGUUCUUGCCUUGACCGUUAUCACGGUCUGUAUCGUAUACAGAUACCGUUGGAAUCUAAGAUAUAUUUAUUACUCGGGCAAAAUGAGAAUGAAGGGUUAUAUUCCAAUAAAGGAUGACGGUAGCGAUUUUGAUCAUGACGUAUUCGUUUCUUUUGCAAACGAGGAUAAUUCAUUCGUUAGAGACUUUGCCAUACCGGAACUAGAAGAAAAGCGACACCUACGACUUCUGCUACAUGAUCGAGACUUUAGACCCGGAGAAUUCGUUCAUGAUAACAUAGUUAAGGCGAUUUGUACAUCAAAGAAAACACUUAUUGUUAUGUCAGAUGCUUUUCUGCAGAGUGUAUGGUGCAGGUUUGAAAUGCACAUGGCCAGAAUGGAAGCGAUUAAAACUGAAAGAAAUGUUCUGACUGUCGUGUUGUUAAAAGACGUGCCAACCGCUGGACUUCCGCUUGAAAUUGUAGAUAUCAUUCGACAGAAGACUUACUUAGAAUUUCCACAUGAGGAUGCCCACAGAGAACAGUUUUGGGACAGACUAUUCGAAGCUUUGAAAUAAAGAAAUGAACACAGGCAUUGUAAUUAAUCGUAUAACCAUUUUAUUUUUAAUUUAGAUUUUAUUAUAUGCUUUUAAUAUAAAUAAGUAUUGUAUUGUUGUAUUUGCUUAUAAAAUAGACUUAUCUGUGCAUUUUCCUCGAAAUGAUUUCCGGGUGUAUUUAUUAAGUUUGACAGCAUAAAUCUUAUGAAAUAUAAGCAUCACGAAUUAAAACUUUGCUGUAGCGCUGUCAUCAGCAUUGAACAAAACUCAUCUGGAAGGUUUUUUUGUAAAUGUUUAAACAGGAUUUAUUCAAAGGUGUCAGUAUUUAUAAUGAUUAUCAAUGAGUGAAAUAAAGUCUACUAGAUCUUC